GUCGCUCAGUCGAGUCGAGUCCACUCUCACUCGACUCCACGCCAUCGGCAAAAUUAGUAGUCAACUACGGACACUUCAUAAUCUGAAGCAGCCAAAGGACGAAACGACUGUGCUCAUCGAUCAUAGCUAUUGCUCAAACGUCGCUCCAAAAUGCGCAUCUCUUUGAUUUCGACUACGUUGCACUUGUUCGUUCUCGUCUCCUGUUUGCCCGAGGCGUCGGCAUGGGAUGCCUUGAACGAUGCGUGCGAGUGGCUUGGAAACGUGUACAACUCCUACUUUGUGCCAAAACAAUCUGAAUGUCAGCGCUUGACUCUCCAGGAAUGUUCAUGUUUCGAGGUUCUCCAGACGAACUCCUUUCGCGUCAAAGGACAACCCGUCAAUGCUGGCGACUUGAAGAAAGGGUAUCGCCUAGCGGCAAAGUUCUACCACACUGACAAAGGUGGGAAAAACGAAGACUUUUAUUUCGUGGAUGCCUGCUAUUCCCUUUUCAAGGAGGACGCUGUAAACAUCGAGGCCUACCAGGUACACCUCCAAAAGCUCGAGAAGCGCAAGCACGUGGAGCAGUGGGGUGAGGACAAGUUCCGUGACCGCAUUGAUCAAUUGAAUGAGAUGAUGCUCACGGGGGCUUUGCCGAAAGUGAUCAAAACGCGGACGCCUCCACCCGGAAUGGAUGAUCCUCAGAUUGAUCGGCUGUUCUUGGUACUGGACAACUCUGGGUCCAUGUUUGGAGGAGCCUUGGAAAUUGGCAAAGAGGAAGUGAGCUUGAUUGAAGACCGAGUCGAACGGACGCCAACCGAAGUCCACUUUAUUGGAUCACCCUCGAACGUGAAGUUUCGGUUCGAGGACAACCCAUCCGUUGACGAUAUUCUAGCCGAAUGGAAUGCACAAGGCGGAGGUACCCAACUGUGGGAAUACGUUUUCAACGUGCUCCUCGGCAACAAGCGGCCUCCCGGAGCAGAGAUUGACGAAGUUGUCAUCAUUACGGACGGUUGGGACAAUGGGUCGAAGGGCGCAUUUUCCGGCAUCGAAGGCUUCAAUGAGAUGAUGACUCAACUCAUUGCAAAUGGCAUUCGCUUGAGAAUCUCCGUUUUGUGCAUUGGGAAUGAAGACAUGUGCAAAGUGUCCCAGUAUCGCGAUCUCGCUCGGUCGACGGGGGGCACGUAUAGCAGCAUUGACACGGCAGACGAAGAACCCGUUCGAAAAGAGCGUCUCCGUGGUUUUGCUCGUCAUAUCACAGCUUCCAAUGCGAAGCGAGCCCAGCUCGAUCUUGAAGCCAAGGCAGAAUAUGAACAAGACCUCAUUGCUGGUACCGCCACGGAGCUCACAUGGUACCCAGGAUUGAAGAAGCUCAUCGCGGACGCUGCGGAAAGUGGCGCGCACGAGACGAACCAAGCUGGCAAGAAGGCGGAGACGGAAGGAGUUCAGAAGGGAUCUCGGCUUGACACCAUUAUGAUCUGAUUGAAUCAUUCGAUUCGAGUUCAUUACCUAGCUCGGCGAAUAGCAUCUAGAAUGGGUGUAGUACGUGAUGUCGUUGUUUCCAAAUAAAUGCAGUCUAUUGAUAUGCAGCCACACCGGCAGAUGAUGCGUCUCUUCGCUUACUUUGAUACCUAUAAACAACCAAUAAUAGAAUCAAUCAUCACGAAGCACUGUCGCUCUCCUUGAUCGUAUAAAAUUUUAAUGCAUUUGUCAAAAUGAUCCCAACAAA